AAUGAGACAAUCAUAGGUAAUAAAAUAAGAUAUGCUCCUGCGAAAGUCAUCGUCUUCGAUCAUUUUCACAUUUCUUCUAGGGUUUGCUUUGCGAUUCAUCGGUAGAACUCUUCACUCUUGGAUUGUUAUUCGCGAGACGACCGCGAAAAAGAAAACAGCAUAGUUCUUCACUUGCAUCUGAUCGGAGUUUAUUGCGCACAUCGAACACGUUUAAUUAACCGAAUGACAUAAUGGAGUUAAAGGGAGGGAAGAACAAGUCUAGUAGUAAAAACUUAUCAUAUGAAGCUCCUCUCGAAUACACAAUUGAAUAUGUUCGCCCUAACGGAGGAAUCAAGAAGUUCCGAUCUGCUGCAUACUCCAACUGUGCUCGGAAGCCAUCAAUGGCUAUGGCGCCCUCGGCAAUCGGUUUUGAAGGUUAUGAGAAAAGGCUUGAGAUAUCGUUUUUCAAUCCUGGAAUAUUUGCUGAUCCUGAGAACCGUGGCCUCCGAGCUCUUUCUAAAGCGCAGUUGGAUGAAAUUCUGGCGCCAGCAGAAUGCACGAUUGUUGCAUCAUUAUGCAACGAUGAAGUCGACUCCUAUGUGCUGUCGGAGUCUAGCCUUUUCGUGUACCCGUACAGGAUGAUCCUCAAAACUUGCGGGACUACUAAAUUACUUCUCUCGAUCCCGCCCAUCGUUAAUCUCGCUGGAACGAUCGGGCUCACGGUGUGCUCUGUUAGAUACACUCGCGGAUGCUUUAUGUUCCCGGGUGCUCAACCGUAUCCACAUGGAAGCUUUUCUGACGAAGUCGCUGUUCUCGAUCGCCAUUUUGCCAAACUCGGCCUCAUCAGCGAAGUUCACGUGAUGUGCGGCAACAACAGGCGUAAUAAAUGGCACGUCUACUCUGCCUGUGCUAAAUCGGAUAGCGUCGAGUCCCGUGUUUACACGUUGGAAAUGUGCAUGACGCAUUUGGAUAAGAAUAAGGCAUCGGUGUUCUUCAAGAAUCGCUCGAGCUCCGCAAAUUUCAUGACCGAGGCUUCCGGGAUCCGCAAAAUCCUCCCCGAAUCUGAGAUCUGCAACUACAGCUUCGACCCGUGUGGCUACUCGAUGAACGCUGUCGAAGGGUGCGCAAUCUCUAACAUCCACAUUACUCCAGAAGAUGGGUUCAGCUACGCGAGCUUCGAAACUGCUGGGUAUGAUUACGCGCGAACGGAUUUAUCUUCGGUUUUGGAGAGGGUCUUGGCAUGCUUUCGACCGGAAAAAUUCUCCGUGGCUCUGCACGUUUCUGGCGCUACUGAAAAAUGUGUCGACUCUGUGCUCGAUCUGGAUGUGAAGGGGUAUGCCUGCGGAGAUAAAAGCUUCGCGGCGCUCAGGAAUGGAGGGUCGAUGAUUUAUAGCAGCUUUACUUGCAGCGGGAUCUACAGUUCUCUGAAGUCGAUUAUUCAAAGCGAAAGUGAAAAGAAAAGACUUCGGAUUGUCGACAAGGUUGGGGAUGGCGAUGCGCCGAUGCUGCCGGUCUUUAUUUACUCGUCUCUUUGAUGUUGUCGUCUCUCUAUGAAUGAAUUCCUCGGCGAGGAUUGAAUCUAAAUAGCGGCGAGGAAAGCAGUGGCGGAGCCACACAGAGGCUUGGGGCGACUCGAGUCCCCCCAAGUUGUUAUUUUUGUUGUGUACGUCGAUUAUGUUGUUUUUUUUUUUUUUAUGACAUUGUAGCUGCUACGCACCGGGUAAACUCUCGGUUGAAUUUGAUAUCCUGCAAACAAGGUCGGAUAUGGUAGUUACAUUAAGCGAAUCAUGUGUGGCAGAUCAUCGAUUAUGUUGUUUGAUUAUAUGGACCGUUUGUCUAGUUGGAUACAAUUCUUGCUAAAUUGAUCAUU